AUGCCUGACAAGGACUCUAGCACCCCUCGUGUCUUCCUCUACCGUCACGGACAAACGGAGUGGUCCAAGAAUGGACGUUACACCGGAAUCACCGAGCUUGAGCUCACCCAGGACGGUGUGAACCAAGUCAAUGCAUCUGGCAAGAUGAUUGUUGGAUCAGGAAGACUGAUUGACCCGUCCAAGCUGGUGCACGUCUACAUCAGCCCUCGUAAGCGAGCGGUGCAGACCUUCGACAUUGCGUUCUCCGAUGCAGAUAAGCAGGCUCUCAAGGACGCAAAGAAGGUCUCCGAGACAGAGAGACUAGCUGAGUGGGGCUACGGUGAGUAUGAAGGUCUGUUGACCAAGCAGAUUCGUGCUUUGAGAAAGGAGCACGGUCUCGACACCGAGCGUGAAUGGGAUAUUUGGAGAGAUGGCUGUGAGGGUGGCGAAUCCGCCCAGCAAGUCACGGAUCGCAUCGAUGACCUCAUCCGUGAAAUUCGGGCUGCCCACAAGGACAACAUGCACGGAGAGAACCCCUCUGACAUCGUUCUUGUUGCUCAUGGUCACUUGCUUCGUGCCUUUACCAAGCGUUGGUUGGGCUACCCUAUGGAGUUCCCUCUUUCUCUCAUGCUUGACCCUGGUGCCGUCGGUGUCCUCAGCUACCAGCACCACAGCAUUGAUGAGCCUGCUAUGCUGGUUGGAUACGGAUUCCCCAUUCAGGAAUGA